GGGUGCCGCUUCUUGCUGUUCGCCACUAGUCACCCUGGGCACUGUUGAGCGGCCACGUUAAUGCUGAGCGUGUUGUGUUUCAAAGUGUUAAGGAAGAUGCAGAGACGACACAGCAGCAUCACUGAUAGCCUCCCUCCUGAAAGAAGCCGGAGCCAGACCAUCAGCUCCGAGACGAGCGUGGACGAAGGCGGUGUCUUCGAAAGCCUCAAGACCGAGCCUCCUCCUCCUCAGCAGCUCUUCUCAGGAUUGGGGGGCAUCCCGUCGGGCACAAUCACAGCCACCCCUUUCCAGUCCAGUUUGGUCCUCGGGUCCUCCGUUGGCGGCGGGGAGGUGUUCAUCCAGAUGCCGGCCCCGCGGGAAGAGGGGACCAGCCGCACAGAAGGAGGGCCUUACCACCACCGGCAGCAGCCCCACCACUACCACCACAGCCACCAGCGGGGAUCCUCCUUGCUGCACAUGGCUGGCAGCGACCGCCACGGGCAUGCUGAGGAGGGCUCCGAGGACCAGCCUGGGACCCCGGCCCCCGCCCUUUCGGAGCUGAAGGCCGUGAUCUCCUGGCUGCAGAAGGGGCUCCCCUUCAUUAUGAUUCUCUUGGCUAAAAUUUGUUUCCAGCAUAAGCUAGGAAUUUCUCUGUGUAUCGGCAUGGCCAGCACAUUUGCAUAUGCAAACUCAACUCUGCGAGAACAAGUCUCCUUGAAGGAAAAGAGGUCGGUGCUGGUGGUUUUCUGGAUCCUGGCCUUUCUUGCAGGGAACACCCUGUACCUGCUGUAUACCUUCAGCUCGCAACAGUUGUACAACAGCCUCAUCUUCCUGAAACCCAACCUGGAGAAGCUGGAUUUCUUUGACCUGAUGUGGAUCGUGGGGAUAACCGACUUUGUACUCAAAUACGUCACUAUUGCCUUGAAAUGCCUGGUCGUCUCCCUGCCAAAAAUUGUCCUUGCCGUCAAAUCAAAGGGGAAGUUCUAUUUGGUCAUUGAAGAAUUGAGCCAGCUGUUCCGUUCCCUGGUCCCCAUCCAGCUGUGGUACAAAUACAUCAUGGGGGAUGAUCCGUCAAGCAGCUACUUCCUCGGGGGGAUGCUCCUUAUCUUAUACAGCCUCUGCAAAUCUUUCGACAUCUGUGGUCGGGUGGGAAGCGUAAGGAAAGCCUUGAAGGUCCUUUGCACUCCUCAGAACUAUGGAGUCCGUGCGACUAAUCAGCAGUGCAGCGAGGCUGGGGACAUAUGUGCCAUUUGCCAGGCCGAGUUCAGGGAACCGCUGAUCCUCUUGUGCCAGCAUGUAUUUUGUGAAGAGUGCCUUUGCCUUUGGUUUGACCGGGAGAAGACGUGUCCGCUGUGUCGUUCUGUGGCUGUGGAAACUGUGCGCUGCUGGAAAGAUGGCACCACUUCAGCUCAUUUCCAGGUUUAUUAAGUUCCAG